AUGUUUGGAAUCUUUACCUCUUUUGCUUUACAAAAUCAAGAAAACACAGGAAGUGUCAUUUGUAUAUUAUGUACUUUGAAUGGCCUUGCUAUUAUUGAAAUGAGUUUUUUGAGAGAUUGGAAUUGUAGAAAACACGAAACUAUUGAAAACAAUUACAAUGAAUAUUCUCUAGCCGAACGAUUUCAGAUUGUUGAAAAUAUUAAAGCAUUGACGGUAUGAACAUGAUUCAUGUGCUAUAAUCAAAAUUCAUUUUUCAGAUGUUGAAAAACUUGAUUUUAUACAUGGGAGCAAUGAAUUGUUUUUUAUUGCUCAGUUUAUACCUCAAAAGUAUUAGCUGUUCUGUGGAGUAUGAUUUACUUGCAACACUUAUACUUGAAGCUUGUAUAUUUCUCUAUGCUUUUUCAUUUCCACAUGUUACCGCUAAAAAUUGUCCACGUUGGGAAAGAUUGCUUUAUCGGUAUUUGAAAAGAAUCAGAAAAGUCACAUUUUUGAAAGAUACUUUUGGGCGGAAAAUGAAUAAUCAAGCAAGUAAUAUUGAUGUGUAUUUUAAUGGUUUGAAAGUUGCGUGGAAUUGA